AUGCUCCCGCCAGCCUCCCCUCAGCCCGGACACCAGGUCAACCCCGGGCGCGCCUGGCGCCCCCGACAGCCCGCUGCAAAAGGAUGGGGGGAAAGAGAGAAACGAUAUAUGUAUUUUUCAAUGCCUGCCCCUCACCGCUACCGUUCCUCGCGUGCAGGGUCAGCUGCGUCGCUUAAAAAUAACGAUAUCAGCGGGGAAGGGCCUCGGGACAAGGCGGCGACAACGACAACAAAAAAGGCUUCGCCGGGGGCAGGGCGGGCCUGUGACGGUUCCCGGCGGCGCGGACCGGGGCCGGUGGCGGUGCCGUCGCUGUCUCGGUGCCAGACCCGGCGGCCGCGGCACGCCGGGGGCGGGGCGGGAGCUGAGGGAAAGUGGGUGUUUCCCAUCGUGCCUUGCGGCAGCGGCGGCGCGGGCUGCGGGAAUGAGGAAGCACAUGAGGAGCAUGAUACUUCUACUGAAAAUGCAGAUGAUUCUAACCAUGAUCCUCAGUUUGAGCCCAUAGUUUCUCUUCCUGAGCAAGAAAUAAAAACUCUGGAAGAGGAUGAGGAAGAACUUUUUAAGAUGCGAGCAAAGCUGUUCCGAUUUGCAUCUGAGAAUGACCUUCCAGAAUGGAAAGAACGAGGAACUGGUGAUGUAAAACUCCUGAAACACAAGGAGAAGGGAACAAUUCGUCUCCUCAUGAGGAGGGAUAAAACCCUAAAAAUCUGUGCAAACCAUUAUAUCACACCCUUAAUGGAGCUGAAGCCUAAUGCUGGGAGCGACAGGGCAUGGGUCUGGAACACACACGCUGACUUUGCAGAUGAAAGCCCCAAGCCUGAACUUCUGGCAAUCCGAUUUUUAAACGCAGAGAAUGCACAGAAAUUCAAGGCAAAAUUUGAAGAAUGCAGGAAUGAAGUAGACAAGAGAGCAAAGAAAGCAGGCACAGACAAAAAUGAUAGUGCUGAUAAAGUUGCUGAAAAACUAGAAGAGCUUUCUGUAAAGGAAGAGAGCAAAGAAUCUGAGAAGAAAGAGACCAAGGAAAAAACUGAAGAAAAGCAAUAAAUCAUCUUGGGCCUUGCAGUUUUUCCUUUACUUGUUUGUUUCUUUCUUGUUCUUUUUUCUUUUUUUUAUUAAUUUUUACAAGGGACUUUAUAAGGAACUGAAUUCAACGUUCGGGUUGUUUUUUCUAAGCUUUUGCCCUUUUGAAGAUGUCUUCAGAAAAUCCAUUCCCCGAUCAUGAAAAUGUACUGUGCUAACUUUCUUUUCCAUAGUGGAAACACUUAUUUAUAGUCAUCCAAAAGAGUGAAUAAAACAAACUUGAAAACAGCAUCAGAGGACAGAACUGAGUUUUCUAUAUACUUUAAAGGCUUAUGAAUAUACUUGUUUCAUUGGGUGUUGAGAUACAUAUCAUCAUACCUGUGGAUUAAGUAGGUUAACAGACUUUACCAACAGGGAAGAUUAAGAUUAUAUACGUGUUUCUUAUACAGCUUCUAAAACUGUAAUAGAACAGACCUUUCAUACUUUUUCUGCUGUGUGUUCCUGAGCAGGGAAUGUGCCUGUGAUUCUUGAAACGCAGCAGACUUCGGGAAUCAAGCGAUAGAGCAUUCCUGGCACGCUAUUAAUGAUGUUCCACCAGACAGUGAAAAUAAAGACAGGGGAGAAAAUGUAUUACGGAAGACUUGAGCAAGUAUUUUCCUCUUACAAAACAAAAUCUAACCCCCCCAUCCUAAUUUGUUACUAUUACAAAUGCUUGACUCUAGCCAAAGUAGUUGCUGUGGUCCCAGAUCUUCCAUGACGUGCUGUUUGCUGGCUGAAGACAGUAGCAGCCUCUUACACUCUAAGGUGUGUACAAAGGAAUCUUAUCUCUUUGAGUACCUUACUAUGAGAUUCCCCAUGUUAGCAUAUCAUGAAAGUUGUACUCUAAAAUUAUUAGCCUUUUUUUUUUCAGGGCUUUGGAGCUUGCAUUGUUUUUACAAAUUGGAGGGGUUCUGAAUUUUUAAGAUGCAUGGUGGGAGGCUGUCCCUCUUGGAGAGACAUGGUCUGACACUCACCUUGGAACAGGUGAUUAUGUUGUACAUGCUGAAGGAGCAUUCUCCUUGCCAGAAUGGGCAAAUUGAUCAAAUCUCUUCCCUGCAAAUGUUUUAUGUUUAUCCAGUUUCAAGUUAGUGCUAUAGAGUAGGAAAAUAAACUAUAGUAAGCAAUAAAAUAAACACAAUUUUAAAGUCUGAUAUAUGAAUUGAAUUUCAUUGGUAACCACUAAUACAGGGGUAGUGUUAGGGUAGCGAUGGAAUUCUGUAAUAUUGUAAUAUUGUUUCCAAAAUAAUUAUGAAAACUGUACAAAGCUUGCUAAACUUUCAGACUGUAUGAUGCUAACACUGGAUAGCAAGACUUGCUGUCUUCAUAAAGAGGCUUUCCAAUUAGGUCAGGCUCUGCAGUCUACCUGAGGAAAAUAUAUUUUUAAAAAAUCUUGUCUUUCUACUUAGCACUGCCUUUUGAUGCUACAAUGAACUAGUCUUAAAUCUGGAAAUGUAAUUAAGGUACUCACUUCAUUCAAACAUAGUAAUUCCUUUGGUGUUAUGCAUGUUCCCCUUCAAAUACAGCAGAUAUCAAAAGUCUGUUAAUUAACAAAGAUGGUUGAAAGGCAAAAUAAAAUGCUCUUUAGUGUUUCUGGUUUGGAAACAACAAGACAAAGCUAUUCUGAAGUACUUAAGAUUUGAAUGUAAAAGCCAAAUCUUUAUCCGUGAGUCACUGUAAAUUCUCUGAUCUGAUAAUGUCAAACAGUGUGUCUAAAUUGAUAGAAAUGACAUUUAAAAAUUUCAAAAUAAAUUUAAAUUUUCAUUUAAAGGAUUUGCUUUUUAUUUAAAGAACUCUUACUGGGAAUGCAUUUUUAGCCUGCAGGGGCAAAGUGAUGAAAGCAGCAAAAUGGGUGAGUUUGAUUUCACUGUCAAACAUUGUACAGAAGAGGGGAGGCAACACUUGGAUGAUUUAAUUUGUCAUAAUCUUAGAUAUUGAGAACUGCUUAAUUUUAUUACCUUCUGUUCUUCCCCUCUUUGCUUAUUCAUGCAUGCUUAAAUGAUUUCAAGACCUUUCCAUUCCUGUUUAGGUUAACUGAUCCAUGUUUACAGUUCAUGGAUUACAACCAUCCUUAUUGCAAGUCUGCAAUCUCCAAGAGCCAAGUUAUGAGGGACCACUCAGUAAAAUAAUUUCUCUGGAUAGCAUUUGGCUGAAGAAUGUCUUAGUCUUCUAAACUAAAGGAUGGUUAGUCAGUGUUGCUUCAGAAGCCUUAGGUGUGCUGUUUUGCAAAUUAAAAAGCAGUAAGUAUUUUUAAAAUUGAUUUCAGUGAAAUAAAGCCUUUUUUUGUUGAAGUCAUUCUAAUGAUUAACUUUCCUAUAUGUAACAUAGAAAACCAAGAAAUGUUCUUGAAAUGUUUUUGUAGCUUACUGUAUACUGAGUAUUCUAGAGUUUUAGCUGAUGUUGUAUCGUCUUGUCCCCCCUGCCAAGGUCACCAGGAGUUCAUGCUUCCCCCCCAUCCUCGCUGUUCACAGGGUUAUUAAGAUGAUAGAAUUCAACCUGUCUCAUCAGGCAAUAGACAAUCUUAAAAUUAUAACUUGGCUCAAAAAUGGCAAUAGUCCUUUCACAAAACAAUCCUUUCUGAGUUUGUGGGCAACUACUAAAAUUUGUCAAUUGCUUUAUAUUCAUUUCUAAAAUGGCAAUAACUUCAGUGUGAUUUAAAUAUCUGACCCAGUUUGAAGGUAUUGUGUCAUAGGAAAAAUGGAUAGUGCAGAAACUUUUUUAGUCAUUGUUCAGACACAGUACUGAAAUUCACCAUAUCUUUAAUUUCGGCAUCUUGUAGGGGGUGUGUUGAGAUUUAAUUUGUCUCUAGGAUUCUAGAGACAAAUUGGAUUUUACGCUAUUUUAACACCUGCAGUUGAAUAGCGGCUUCUUCCUCUUACUCCUAGUGAGGCAAGGUAACUCCAGCAGCUUUAAAUGUAGGCUAGAGUAAUGGAGAAUGUAGUUUUGUUAAUGCAGCUGGUAAGAGAAUAAAGUCUUUUUAAGCAUUUCUAACGUCAGUAUUGGCAUUGCUGAGAAUAUGGCUGAAUCUUGUAGAAGGUACAAGUGAACAUUUUCAAGAUGUUUUAAUCCAUUUUUAGUAAAAAUGCUAACUACAAUAUGAUUAGUAAAGCAUUUUUAGGUGCUAUAUCUGCGAUUUGUGUAAGUUCUGCUUGCUUCAAGUGCAGAAAGAUGCUGUAUCGCCAGGGUUAAUAACCCGGCUUUUGUUGGUACUAACGGUUUUGUGUGCAUAAAACUGGAUGGAUGAGUGUCUGAGGACACCUGAAAGAUUAAUUUAACUUACAAAUAGUUAAAUUUUGUUACGCAUCAAAAUAGUAUCUUCUUGACAGGUAAUUAUGUUUUUUAAAAAUAGACUUAAGUUUUUUAUUAUAAAAAUGAAUUAAAAACGGAUCUUUCUAAAUCCUGUGUUAAUUACUUUGAAGGCUACACUAAUAGAUUGGGUUUUUUUGCCUCCAGGAAUAAGCUUGUAUUAGUGAUACCAAAUGUCUCAUUCACAAAUUGCAAAUAUCCCAAUUUGCUGUAUUUUAACACUGUAAAUGUUGAUUUAUUUUUUCCCCUGUGUAAUAAGGUAGCUUGUGUCAAACACAAGUUUUCUGUGAUACCAAAACUUAGAAAAUUAAAAUUCUUCUCGACACUGUGCAGA